AUGAAUAUUCCGGGUCAGAAACAACGUUCUCUGAAGCCUGUUGCUUUUGCAGCCGUUGCCUUUUCCACGAUAUCAGUGAUGUGCUGUGUGAUCACAUUACCAAUCAUUUACAGUCAUGUGCAAAGUGUCCAAUCGUUCAUGCAAAAUGAGGUUGAUUACUGUAAGACUCGUUCACGAGAUAUGUGGAAAGAAAUGGUACAGUUGCAAAUGAUUACGUCUUCCAUAUCUGGUACUAUAACACCUCGUAAAAAGCGCCAGUUUAUUACAAAAAACGUCCACCCGCAACUGGAAUUAAAUAUACCGACCCGUGGGAGUUGCUGCACCUGUCAAAUUGGGUCACCUGGAGCACCAGGUCCUCCGGGACGUGAUGGACGACCUGGAGCACCAGGUCGACCGGGUAAUCCAGGACCACCAGGCCGUGAUGGUAGUUUGCUCCCUGGACCACCUCCAAAGCCACCAUGCCAGAAAUGUCCACCUGGACCUCCUGGACCGCCUGGACCUCCUGGACCAAAAGGUUUACCUGGACCUCAAGGAGAUGCUGGCAUUCCAGGAAUUGAUGGCGCUCCUGGUUUGCCAGGACCGCCUGGACCUCAGGGACCACAAGGAUCACCAGGAUUGCCGGGUGAAAAGGGGCCUCCAGGAGAGCCAGGAAAGAUUAUAAAUGGUGCACCACCUGGUCCACCAGGACCUCCUGGACCUCCUGGACCCCAAGGACCUCCUGGACCUCCCGGACGAGAUGGCCAGCCGGGUAAAGCAGGGCCUCCAGGACCGCCGGGUGAUCCGGGAGAAAAAGGUGUGGACGGUUUGCCAGGACCACAUGGACCACCAGGACCCCGAGGACCGCCAGGACAACCUGGUUCAUGUGAUCAUUGUCCUCCACCGAGGACCGGUCCCGGCUCUCUACUUAAAUAG